AUGGCAGAAACCAGCUCCCAACAAGCUUAUAAUUAUAAGAUCACUACAAUUGGAUCAUUAAUUUUAUCAAUUUAUUUCUCCUUCCAAUUUAUCUUGGAUUAUUCCAAAUUAUCAAGUGAAAUCAGUACCACCCCAUUUUCCAAUUUUUUCAUUUUUAUCUUUAUCUACUGGAUUUUCUAUUAUCUUGUUCAAAUAGUUUAUAUUCAAACUUGCUUGAGUGAUGAUGUUGAUAGUUCAGGUACUUCUAUCUUAAGUAUCACAAAUUCAGUCAUCAGUUUCAACUUAACUAACGUUGUUUGGGUCAUCUUAUUCAAAAAUAGAUGGUAUUUGCUCAGUGAAAUCUUGGUUAUCAUUCAAUUAUUCGUCAUCUUGAAUAAUUAUUUGAUCAAUAAGGUGUACAGUUUCAAGCCAUUGAAGAAUUAUCUCAUCAUAAAUUUAACUGUUGGUUCAUUACCAUUAUCAUGGAUUUUCAUGACCUUAUUCUGGAACGGUUCAUUAAUGAUCCAUUCUAAAGGAUUAGCUGCUAGAAUUUUAGCCAAUUGUUUCAUCUGGGAUUUCUUAAUCAUUGGUUGGGUAUUCCUUUUCUGGUUCAAUGAUUACACCAUUGGUUUGAGUUUAUCAUACUUAGUAUUAGGGUUAGCAUUGAAUCAAUUAUUCACCAAAUUAUUUGCUUUACAAUGGAUUUUUGCUUUCGUCAUAUCAGGAAUCUUAUUUGCUAGUUCCAUUGUUACCAUGACUUUGAAACCUGAAUUGAAAGAGUCAAUUGUGGUUGAAGAAGAACCUUUAUUAGCUAAUUAG